AUGAUACCAUUGUCGUCAAGACGAAUUUCAAGCUCUCGGCGUCGGCAGUGCGGUCCGUCACGUCCCUGAAGAAGCAUUGUCGACAGGAUCUCGAUGGCGGAGUCUAUAGACAGGCUGUGGUUCCCAAGCGCCAUACUCUACUUCAGAUGCUCCUGGUUAAGACCGCUCACAAUAAGGCUCAUCCCGGCGUCACAGGUACCUAUAAGCAGGUUGUUAGCUCUUAUCACUGGCCUGGGGUCCGUCGUAGUAUCAGCCGCAUUGUCAAGUCAUGUGGGAUCUGCAUCAAAAAUAAACAUCGUGCUACUCUGAAGCAGGCCGCAGGUAUCAAGAAGGUGGAUGGCAUCCCCUGGCGCUCCAUUGGCCUUGACCACACAGGUCCCUACGAGGAAAACGGCGACAGAGCCAAAUUUCUGCUUGUUGCCACCGACUUGCUAACCGGUGCUAUAGAUGCUGAGGUCGUCGGUACUACCAACUCAAUGAAUCUGAUAACUGCUGCUCGGCGUAUAUUCGCCCGGACUGGCCAACCGAACACGGUCCACAGCGACCGAGGGUCGUCUUAUGUGAGCGCUGCUUUCCGAGCCUUCCUCAUCAAACGCAACAUUCGCCAAAGAUUUGCUCCUCCUUCGAGCCCGCGCUACGGAGGUAAGUGGGAACGGAGCCAUGGCCCCCUCAAUCACCAUAUCCGCAUCUUGCGAUCCAGAGCUCGUGGCCCCUACGUCGUGCUGGAGGCCACUGGCCACACUUUUAGGUUAAGGGAGCGCUCAACGGGUAAAGAAUUACUCCAGCCUCUCCAUAACCUCAUACCAACGCAGUAG